AUGCCGGCCUUUAACACCUCGAUUGCAUUGACGUCUGCGGCCGUUGUGGGCUCGAGCGCGAUUGUCGGCUCGGCCAUGGGGUGGUGGACCAAGAACCAGAUGCCGGUCGAGGGCAAGACGGUGCUUCUGACGGGAGCGACCGAGGGCAUGGGCCGGUCUGUGGCCAAGCAGCUGGCGGCCCAGGGCGCGGACGUGAUUGUGGUGGCGCGCAAUGUCGGACGUCUGGCCGAGACGGUAGCAGAGCUAAAGACGCUCGCCCCGUCCGAGUCGCAGCGGUUCCACCACAUCGCGGCCGACGUGGCCGAGCCCAACUACGCGGCAGCCGUGAUCGCGGACGCGCUCGCCUGGAACGGAGGCCGGCCGAUCGACGUGGUCUGGUGUGUGGCCGGCAUGUCGACGCCGAUGCUGUGGGCCGAGGAGCCGCAGGCGGUGGCGCUGGGGGCCAGCCGGCGCAACAUGGACGUCAACUUCUGGGGCGCGGCCGAGAUGGCGCACGCGAUCCUGCGCGAGUGGCUGCGACCCGAGGCCGGACCGUAUGCCGAGCCGCGUCAUCUCGUCCUCACGGCCUCGGUGCUGGCCUUUUUUGCCGUCGUCGGCUACGCGCCCUACACGCCGACCAAGUGGGCGCUCCGCGGCCUCGCCGACACGCUCGCCCAGGAGACCCUGCUCUACUACGAUACCAACCCGGUCCGCGUCUCGGUCGUCUUCCCCGGCACCAUCCUCAGCCCCGGGCUCGCGCGUGAGAACACGACCAAGCCCGACGUCACCCUCCAGCUCGAAAAGGACGACCCCCAGCUGUCGCCCGAUCAGGUCGCCGCUCAGGCCAUUCGCGGCCUCCAGCGCGGCCACCACUUCGUCACCGUCUCCUGGCUCGGCGACCUCAUGCGCUGGGGCACCCUCGGCGGCGCCCCCCGCAACAGCUGGCUGUGCGAUACCCUCGGCGCCUACCUCGUCGCCUUUGUCAUGUUCUUCGUCGUCUGGUGGAUCCACGGCGAUAUCCGCGCCUACGCUCGCAAGCACGGCCACCCGGCCACGUACGCGAAGAAGGGAUAA